GAGCCGGGAUCUGCGGCAUGAAAGCGACCCAUGUGGAGAACUUUUGUGCGCUCCAUUGUUGGGGGUGUCAGGCCUCGGGAGAGUAGAGGGGGGGUAGGCUGCUAUAAAGCUCGUCUCUCAUGAGCGUGGAAGCCAAAGCAGCUGAAACUAUUGGCCUGACUCAGCAGACACACCCAAGAAGCGGUUCCUGAUUUCUCACGGUGUUUUUUUUUUCCAUUCCGGGACCAUGAUGAUCCCAAGCGUCAUCGCGCCUCCUCCUCUUUACGCUGGCUUGUACCGGCCCGCCGCGGCUCUGCCGCUCCACCAGACCCUGCCUUCCAUUUUCCCGAACCCAUCUAGCUUCCUCGUGGAGGAUCUGCUGCGGAUAAGCCGCCCCGCUUCCUUCAUCAACCGGACGGGGCCGCCCGCGAGCGGCGGGCUUCCAACCGUCACCACCACAGCGUCCUUCACCUGCGCGUCGGCGGAGCGCGCGCCAGUCACCAUGGCUGUCACGCGAGAAUCAUGCUCACCCAAAACAUCAGUGCCGCACAACAAGGACCCGAGUUUCCUAAAGUUUGGAGUAAACGCCAUCCUGGCGCCGUCACCAAGGACAGCGUCCUCACCUCAUCCAGCUCACGCCCUCCCCUCCAAGACAUUCCCUGUGCCAUGCUUCGAGGGAUCCUUUCACCCCAUAUUCAGGACUCCCUAUUUACCUGUAUCCUCCUCCGUUGUUCCAAUCCCCGGGACGUUUUCAUGGCCCCUCGUCGCCAGAGGAAAACCCCGCAGAGGGAUGCUGAGGAGAGCGGUGUUCUCCGACGUGCAGCGCAAGGCUUUGGAGAAAAUGUUCCAGAAACAAAAAUACAUCAGCAAACCCGACAGAAAGAAGCUGGCCUCUAAACUGGGACUAAAAGACUCGCAGGUAAAGAUCUGGUUCCAGAACCGGCGGAUGAAGUGGAGGAACUCAAAGGAACGAGAGCUUCUGUCAACCGGUGGGUGCCGCGAGCAGACCCUCCCCACGAAAACCAACCCACAUCCGGACCUCAGCGACGUAGGCAAGAAGUCUUCAGCCGAGGAUGAUGAUGAGGAGGAGUUGGGAGGAGAAAGAAUGAGGGCUUCAAGGCCCAGCAUCCCCUCUGCCACUCUGUUCAGCAAGCACUCGGACUUUUCAGAGUCGGAUGACGAAGAAAUAACAGUUUCCUAACUUAUUUUUAAACCCAGAAUUUUGUGACUGAACUUUGUUGGAGCCUGCUCCUCUGAAAAAAGAGCCUAUGAAUGUCCUGGGGAGAAAAAGUCAGAUUUGCAGCUUCAAUGGUGCACAGGACAUGCCUGAGAGACCCUUUGCUGUUUUGCACAGCUGUGUUCAGUUGUACAGAAUUUUGUACAAUUCUUUUGUAUGGACAUUUUAUGCCAAGAAUGUGUUUUUUUUUAUUUUGCCAUAAAACUGAAUAGAGUUGUUUAUUAAAAAUGUAGGGUAUUUUGUUAAUAAUUUAUUGUUUAUUAAGUAUGUUGUAUUAUGCACUGUACAUUUUUAUUUCACAGUUUUUGUACAAAUGCCAAAUUAAAAAAACUAUACUCGUCUGAAAAUGGAAAAUACAAUAAAAAACAAAAGAAAGUGAAAUCAUAAAUUAUAAUUUUAUUGGAUGACAAUAACUUAAGACUGUUCCAAUGUAAUGUCAGAUUUAAUUCUUCAGACAAAAAAUGACAAACUUCAUCAUUCUGCUCUGAUGUAAAGAGACUUUACACAAAAUACUCAUUUUCAAGUACUGUACCAAUUCAGCUAAAAAAGUCAUCAAAAUGUAAGAUUACCAACUAUAUACAAAUAUGUUACAUCUGUUUAGAAAUGUACAUGGCUAAGAGAGCUAAACAUUCAUUGAGUUUGUGAGUGAUGAAAUGACGGAGCUUCUUCAAUGUUAUUCAGGUGAGCUGAAGCCGUCUUUGUGCUCAGACUGCAGGAGGACAGUUUUGAUGGACAGAGACCAAAACUCCUCUUGUCACAUUUGAACAUUUCUGGCAGUGGUAACUGCUCUGGGCAAAAAGAAAGAAAGAAAAUACACAUUUGGCUUUAUUUGAGAGAUAAAAAAGUGAAUGUUGCAUAGGGAUCAGCGACAAAAAAGAAAAGAAAAA